GAAGAAACGCUCGAGAUCCCAAUAAGAGAUGACUAUACCUCUAAAGCUCUAUUGACCCGACCGACCUUUACCACUAAUCCCGGCCCACUAAUCGUGUUGUUGCAUCCUGGUGGUUUCUUUCUCGGCAGUCCAGCUAAGCUUACCAUGUAUGCCCGACCUCUUGCACAGCUAUUCAAUGCAUCCGUCCUUUGCCCCUCCUAUCGAUUUGCGCCAGAGCAUCCAUUUCCAAUUGGUGUGGAGGACGCUUGGUCAGCAGUGAAGUGGGCGGCGAGACAUGCACCAGAACUCGGAGCCGACCCGAGCAAAGGAUUCCUCAUCGGUAGCAUGUCUAGCGGAGCCAAUUUUGCAGUCGCACUCACCAGGCGAUCAGUGGAAACUGGACUCCAGCCUCCUGUAACGGGUACAUGGGCACCAAACCUGAUAGCAUUCAAUGGAGAAGCCUGCAUACCGGACGAAUAUAAGGAGCUAUGGAAGAGCCAUGAACAACACAGCGAUGCUCUUGUCAUCGACAGCCGAAAGGCCGCCACGAUCUGGAAAUACUAUAAGCCCUUGGCAGCUUCGCCAAUGUUUAAUCCUCUCGCUCAGCCAUUGGAGCAAUUCAUUUCAAUGCCGAAGGUGUUUCUCCAGGUUUCUGGUCAUGAUCUCUUUCGUGACGAUGGGCUUAUCGUCUCGUAUGCACUUCAAGAUAACGGGGUACCUGCAAGAUUGAGAGUGUAUCCUGGUGUAUGCCAUUCAUUCUGGGGUUUCGCACCUAAACUGGCAAUUUCGAAAAGAUUCUUAGCUGACAUUGUUGAGGGCUUUGCAUGGCUAUUGGAAUUGGAUACAAGAAGCUUGGACCGUAAUUGGGAGACCAUGAUAUCAGUUCCUUCUGUAAAGCUCUGAAAGUGACUUUACAACGCGGAGGGAAAUUAGAUUGUCCGAUAAGGUGAUAGGGAUACAGAGAGAAGCCCAG